CGUUUUCCCCACUAUUCUAUUUUUGUUUAUUUUGUAUCACCAUCAGCGACAGCUUGAAGAGAUUUACAUAAGUCUGAUCCGACGUCGUUUCAUGAGUUUUAUGAUCAGGCGACACUUUUACCGCCGUCGACAGGAAAGGAGACGAAAUGCAAUCCUGCGAGCCAUCACAACACCAACUCGGGAGAAAAGGAAACUCUGGACCCACGCACGCUGCCAUGCUUGGUGGCAGCACGCAUGCGACACAUGGACAGAGAGAGACUGGCUGCUCAAUUUCAGAAUGAGAAGAACAACUUUUAGGCAUCUCUGUGAACUUCUGCGUCCAAAGCUCACUCGACAGGACACAAGAUACCGUAGGGCAGUGCCAGUGGAGCUGCGUGUGGCUGUGUGUUUAUGGAGGCUCGCAACAAAUCUUGAGCUCCGAUCCAUCUCUCAUCUGUUUGGUGUGGGACUGUCCAGUGCUUGUGUAUUCACUCAACAAGUUGUUGCUGCUAUCAAUGAUAAUCUGAAGUCACAAUAUCUACACACACCGAAAGAUGCAGAAUUUGUGGAAAUAGUCAAAGGAUUCCAUGACAGAUGGGGGUUUCCACAAUGUGCAGGAGCAGUUGAUGGCACCCAUAUUCCCAUUCUGGCACCUUCUCACAACCCAGCUGAUUAUUACAACCGCAAAGGCUUCUAUUCUAUAAUCCUACAGGGUGUUGUGGACCACAACAUGAAGUUUUGGGAUGUCAACAUCGGCUGGCCUGGGAGGGUUCAUGAUGCCCGCGUUCUCUCAAACUCAUCCCUGUAUGAGAGAGGACAGAACGGAACACUUUUGCCAAGUUUGCAGGAAACCAUUCAAGAUGUUGAUGUGCCUCUUGUCAUUCUGGGAGAUGCCGCAUAUCCACUGCUGCCCUGGUUAAUGAAACCUUACCAAGAGGGCAGAGGGAUCACAGCAGAGCAGACUGCAUUCAACCACCGCUUGAGUCAAGCCAGAAUGACAGUGGAGCGAGCUUUUGGACGUUUGAAAGGACGUUGGAGAUGCCUUUUAAAAAGAUGUGACUGUGAUGUCUUCUUUGUCAGUGACAUAGUCUUGGCAUGCUGCAUUCUUCAUAACUUCUGUGAAAGUCAUAAUGAGGAGUACAUCUGCAGUGACAAUGAUGUACAUGAUCAAAGGCCGGACCCUGCAGACCGUCAGAUUGGUGGUGACAGUGGGGCAAAUAUCAGAAAUGCACUGUGUGCUCAUUUUUCAGCUCUGCAGUAAAGUGUGCUUUGGACGUUGCUCAUUGAUCAAUUCAAAGUACAAGAAAUACCUGAAAGUGAUUGUUACUGGAGUUACUGUUUUUUCACUGUUG